AUGUAUAUAGUGGUCAAAAAUCAGACUUCUAAAGUCACCUUCGUCCUCCUGGGUUUCUCAGAAUAUCCGGACCUCCAGGUGCCACUCUUCCUGGUUUUCCUCACCAUCUACACCAUCACCGUGCUGGGAAACCUGGGCAUGAUUGCCAUCAUCAAGCUCAAUCACAAGCUCCACACCCCCAUGUACUUUUUCCUCAGUCACUUGUCCUUUGUGGAUUUCUGUUACUCUUCUGUGGUCACACCCAAACUCCUGGAGAACCUGUUUGUGGAGGACAGAAGUAUCUCCUUUGCAGGCUGCAUCAUCCAGUUCUUCUGCGCGUGUGUUUUUGUAGUGACGGAAACAUUUAUGUUGGCAGCCAUGGCCUAUGAUCGAUUUGUGGCCAUUUGCAACCCCCUCCUCUACACAGUGGCCAUGUCCCCGAAGGUGUGUGCUUUGUUGGUGGCUGCACCCUACUCUUGGGGACUCGUCUGCUCCCUGACACUUACUUAUUUUUUAGUGAGAUUAUCUUUCCGAGGAAACAACGUCAUCAAUAACUUCGUCUGUGAGCAUGCUGCCAUCGUGGCUGUGUCCCGCUCUGACCCCUACGUCAGUCAGAUGAUCAUUUUAGUCUCUGCGACAUUUAAUGAGAUCAGCAGCCUUGUGAUCAUUCUGACUUCCUAUGCGUUCAUUUUCAUCACUAUCAUGAAGAUGCCUUCCACCGGAGGACGCCGCAAAGCCUUCUCCACCUGUGCCUCCCACUUGACUGCCAUUACCAUUUUCCAUGGGACCAUCUUGUUUCUUUACUGUGUUCCCACUACCAAGAGCUCAUGGCUCAUGGUCAAGGUAGCCUCUGUCUUCUACACGGUGGUCAUCCCCAUGUUGAACCCCCUGAUCUACAGCCUGAGGAACAAAGAUGUCAAAGAGACAGUCAGGAAGUUAGUAGGCAUCAAAUUAUGA